UCACCACGUUAGCGGUUUCCGCGCGACGUCAUCACGCCUGCCCUCGUGGCAGCGCGGUUGCUAUGGGAGCGGCGCUUGGGGAAACUGUUGUUUAGCUGAUUGUGUUUUUUUCCGGCCUGUGCCAGAUCACUUCCGGUCUUUGACGGGAUAAGAGGCGCUCACUAUUACCGCCAACAAGAGGCACUAACCAUGGCAGGAAAGAGCGGGGAUGUGUUAAAUGGAGGCGCAGAAGAGGGACCCGCCGGUCUGAUGAACAAGAUCUUUCCCAAGAUGAUAACUCAAGCUACAGCUAAGGACUGGUUUGACCGUCGCAGGGCCCACAUCCGCCCAUGGAAUAACUUUGUCGAUCAGAGACGCUUCUCCCGACCACAGAACUUUGGAGAUCUGUGUAAGCGGGUGACCCGAAAUGUGGAACAUUUUCAGAGCAACUACAUCUUCAUUUUCCUGGGGCUGAUCCUGUACUGCAUUAUCACCAGCCCAAUGCUGCUCAUUGCCAUUGCUGUUUUCUUUGGUGCCUGUUACAUCAUUUACCUGAAAACCCUGCAGUCCAAGAUGAUCCUCUUUGGCCGGGAAGUCAGCACGGCCCAACAGUACGGCUUGGCAGGCGCCGUCUCUUUCCCGUUUUUCUGGCUUGCCGGAGCAGGUGCUGCCGUGUUCUGGGUUUUAGGUGCCACCCUUGUAGUCAUCGGCUCCCACGCCUCCUUCCACGAGAUUGAGGGAGAUUUGGAGGAGCUGCAGAUGGAACCAGUGUAAGUCGUUUUAGCCGCAGUCGCACGUUCUUUCCGAUGGGACCUGUUUGGACUUUAUAUUUUAACCCUUGCCAUGUUACGUCGUUUCCUCCAUCCCUCAAUAAAACCCUUCAUGAAGUGAGCACUUUGCAGCAACCUUUGCACAAUGUCUGGUAGGUCGGUGACCGUGGGCCAGUAACCCUUUAUAGAGGAUCUGCCAAUAUAGUAAAGGGUACUGGGUAUAGAAGAUGGUGCGGGCGGAGAUGAUCAGGUAGACUAAUAAAGUAUCGGCUGAGCGUCUUUAUUGAUCGCCGGAGCUGCUGAUUGCAGUGAGAGCUCGUGUGUUUUCAUGUCUAUAUAGGAGAUUAUCAUUUUGUGAUAUGUAACCGUAAUAAACUUGUAAUAAGA